AUGGUCCACAUGAACACUGAGAACAGAAACAUUGGAUCCAUGGUUGUCAUUGACACUGAGGGCUCAGUAGCGGAUUAUACACAGCUUCCAAGAGGCAAGCAGGAGAGGCUGAACACUACUGUGACAGACAAGCUGAAAGCAAACCGCAGAGAGAAAAACGGAUUAUUAGAAGCCUUGUGGCAGGAACGCAGACUGGUGCAAGAGAGUGGAAUACUGUCGUACCUCAACAAGCAAGAGCUGUUGCUACAGGAGAGUAUGUAUGAGGUGGUGACGACAGAGCAGUCCUACCUGGAGAGGCUGGGUGUCGCUGUGAACCAUUUCAUGAAGUCAUCUACCCUGCGUCGAGCCCUGUCACCCAGAGACCACAAGUCCCUUUUCUCUAGUAUUGCCAAGAUCAGGGAGAUUAGCCAGAACUUUCUAGAUAUAAUGAGGGAGGAGCUGGAGUCUAACCUGCUAUGUGACAUGUUGUGUGAUGUCAUCCAUCGCCACACCAGCAGCCACUUUGGUGCCUAUGUGGACUACAUCCGUAACAUGCCUUACCAGGAACAGACCAUGCACAACCUGGGCAGGGAGAACCCCCAGAUCAUGGAAAUAUUAAGGAAGUUACAAGAUGACCAACGCUGUUAUCGUCUGCCCCUGAAGUCCUUCCUGGUCCUUCCCUUUCAGAGGAUCACACGACUCAAGAUCCUCAUAGAGAACAUUUUGAAGAGUACAGAGCAGGGGUCAGAGAGGCAGGUGUCUACAGAGAAAGCACUGAGAGCACUCAUAAAGGUAGUUGAGGCCUGCAAUAGGGAGGUGGGGAGGAUGAAGAUGAUGGAGGAAAUCGUUCACAUCGCCAACAAAACUGAGUUUGAAUGCAAGGCCCUGCCCCUGGUGUCUUCCUCUCGCUGGCUAGUGAGACAGGGGCAACUAGCUCAGCUGUCAGAGAAAGAGAACAUCUUUGGUCACCGGAAGCUCUGUCACAUCUACCUUUUCCUCUUCAAUGACCUACUGCUGGUGACCACUAGGAAAGGCCCGGAUCGGUUUGUGGUGCGGGAUCAUGUCCACCGUUCCCUGAUAGAGGUGAGUGAAGGACUGGAGGAGAAGGAGGAUUUGGUGUGUGCUUCAUGGGAGAGGAUGUUCUGCCUAGCUCUGCUGAAGAACCAGAAGGGAACAACAUCUCAGUUGCUUCUGCAGGCGUCCACACACGCAGAGAAGAUAACCUGGAUGGAGAUGUUGAGUCAUCGAGUGGACGGGAUGGAAGGAAUCUAUGAAGAAUGGGACUGUCCUCAGGUACGAUGCACUGAGGUCUACGUAGCACAGCAGCCAGGGGAACUGAGUGUACAGCUGGGUGAUACCAUCAACGUGAUACAGAAAACUGCUGAUGGUUUCCUAGAGGGCAGGAGACUUGUGGACGGUGAGCGGGGCUGGUUCCCGGAUUACUGUGCGGUCCAGGUCACCAAUGAGUACGUCCAGAGAAAACACCUCAGGCAGCGCUACCAUGUUUUACAGACUGCCAACCGCAUCCUGACCCGACGGCACACUGUUCCCCAGGCAACUGCCUGCUUCAGAUAGGAAGGUCUUUCUGAACGAGGUCUGCAUCCCAAAUGGUUUCCUAUCUAUCCCUUAUAUCAGGGCGUUCACACCUGAUUCUAAUAAUUAGACAGUUGAUAAACUGAAUUAGGUUACUUACAACUGGGGUUGGAGUGAAAACCUACAGAGGGUAGCUCUCCAGGAACAGGUUAGGAGAGCCCUGGUGUAAACCUA